UGAACGUUCAAAUUUUCACCAACAAUGGCUGACCUCUAGCGAGGCUGACGUGGUUUGGGCAUUGGUACUGCCAAGUGGACUACGUCCACGACUUGCCGUUACGAAGGAUGCCACGAAGCAAAGCUACUGAAGAGACAGACAAACUUACUAGAAUUGCCAUUGUAAAUGCAGACAAGUGUAAACCCAAGAGAUGUCGACAGGAGUGUAAGAAAUCAUGCCCUGUUGUUCGCAUGGGAAAACUGUGCAUUGAAGUAACUCCAAAUGAUAAAAUAGCAAGUAUUUCAGAAGAACUUUGCAUUGGUUGCGGUAUUUGUGUUAAGAAAUGUCCUUUUGAAGCCAUUACUAUAAUUAAUUUGCCCAGCAACUUAGAGAAGGAUACAACCCACCGGUAUUCACAGAAUUCAUUCAAGCUUCAUCGACUUCCAAUACCAAGACCUGGAGAAGUGUUGGGUCUUGUAGGCACCAAUGGUAUUGGCAAAUCUACAGCACUGAAAAUUCUGGCAGGCAAACAGAAACCGAACCUUGGUCGCUAUACAGAUCCACCAGACUGGACAGAGAUCUUGAAUCAUUUCCGUGGGUCAGAACUCCAGAAUUACUUCACCAAGAUAUUGGAGGAUGACUUGAAAGCAUUGAUCAAACCACAGUAUGUAGAUCAAAUUCCCAAAGCUGUGAAGGGUACUGUUCAGCAAUUACUAGAUAAGAAGGAUGAACGCAAGAACCAGAACGAAAUAUGUCAACUCCUUGAUUUAGAUAAUAUUCGUAAUCGCUCAAUUGAAGCCUUAUCAGGAGGUGAGCUUCAACGUUUUGCUUGUGCCAUGGUGUGCAUUCAAGAUGGAGAUAUUUUCAUGUUUGACGAACCUUCCAGUUAUUUGGAUGUUAAGCAGCGUCUAAAUGCUGCUGUCACUAUCCGAUCUCUCAUACAUCCAGACAAGUUCAUCAUAGUUGUUGAACAUGAUUUGUCAGUAUUAGACUACCUCUCAGAUUUCAUAUGUUGUUUGUACGGUGUUCCUGGGGCUUAUGGAGUUGUUACUAUGCCCUUCUCUGUUAGGGAAGGUAUAAACAUCUUCCUGGAUGGAUUUGUUCCAACGGAAAACUUACGAUUUCGUGACGAAUCAUUAGUGUUCAAAGUAGCAGAAUCAGCAACUGAAGAGGAAGUUAAACGUAUGAAUCACUAUGAAUAUCCAGAGAUGACAAAGACUAUGGGUAGCUUUCACCUAACUGUUCAGAAAGGACAGUUCUCUGACUCUGAGAUCUUGGUGUUGUUGGGAGAGAAUGGUACUGGGAAAACAACAUUUAUUCGUAUGCUUGCAGGCAAGCUAGAACCAGAUGAAGGGCCAGGUAACAUUCCACAACUGCAUAUCAGUUACAAACCACAGAAGAUUAGUCCAAAGUCACAAGGAAUUGUUCGUCAGUUGUUACAUGAAAAGAUACGUGAUGCAUAUGUUCACCCACAGUUUGUGACUGAUGUGAUGAAGCCACUGCGGAUGGACGACAUCAUGGACCAGGAGGUGCAAAACUUGUCUGGAGGAGAGCUGCAGCGAGUUGCAUUGGCUCUUUGCCUGGGAAAGCCAGCAGAUGUAUACCUCAUUGAUGAACCAUCAGCAUACCUGGAUUCUGAACAACGUCUAGUAGCAGCAAAACUAAUUAAGAGAUUUAUUUUACAUGCCAAGAAGACUGGAUUUGUAGUAGAGCAUGAUUUCAUCAUGGCAACAUACUUGGCUGAUCGGGUGAUUGUCUUUGAAGGCUCACCUUCUAUAGACACAACUGCACAUACACCACAGAACUUGCUAGCAGGAAUGAAUAGAUUUCUUGAACUUCUGGGUAUAACCUUCAGGCGGGACCCCAACAAUUUCCGGCCUCGGAUUAAUAAGAACAACUCUGUGAAGGAUACUGAGCAGAAGAGAGCUGGGCAGUAUUUUUUCUUGGAAGAAUAACACUAUUAGAAUAUGAGAUCCAUUCCAAGUCAGGAGCUCAAGAGGGAGUAUAUAUGAUUGAAGCACUGCAAAGAUAAAGAAAGUCCAAGGAUUUUGUACAGAGAAUCUUAAUUAUCUGAGCAACGUUGGCCUUCCAAUUUGAUUUUGAAUAACCUGUUUUGACAAACCUGUACUGCUUGUUUUGUUUAAAUUUGGAGAAUUCAGCAGUGAUGUACAUGGUAUAGGUUAAUAUAAUCUCAUGCCUGAAAACAGCUGUAAUUUUUCAGUUAUUUUUCAUUUUUAAGAUUUUAAUAAUGGACAAUGGAAGAACAUUUUUUAUGUUUUUUAUAUCAGUGUGGGUCUCACAAUAAAGCAUAAAAGUCCAGCUA